UUGCAGGCUGCUUUGCUACUUUUGCCAGAUAAAUUCACGCUUGAUCAGUUUUAUGCGGAAAUUGUGUCACUUUCAUAUCGCGGUGAUUUUCGACUGUUAUUCGGUGAAGAUCGAGCCAAAAUUCGGAAAAUUGCUGAGGGAAGCCGAGCUGAACUCGAGCAAAUUUACUUGCCACUCCUGAAAACCAGCAAUGAUGUUUCUGUGCAGUACAGUAAUGUUGAGCAGGACACAAGGAGUGCAGCAAUGUAUGAUCGAAUUGUUCAAUUGCCAGUGAAUAUACUUCGAAAUUUACAACACCAGUUCAACAGCAGGAGCGGUAUGCAAAACGACGUCGAAGAGAUUGCUGGUUGGUUGUCGCAACAAGUGCAUGGCUCAAAACACAUCUCGGAUAUCAUUGAAGACAUUGUGCGAAGGUCCGCAUGGCAACAGACUGUAAAAAAUGCAUUUUCGGCCGGUGCAACUCGUUCCCUGGCAUAUUCUUUCGCAAAACUGGUAAAAAUGCUCAAGUCGCUGUGA